AUGUCAAAGUCAAAGCUAGCGUUUGUGGCACUGGUUGUGCUGGUUGGAGCCGUCUUUGCUGAAGUCGAAGAAACACCGUUCAGGCGGCCACCUGGUGGUGGUGGUGGUGGAGGAGGUGGUGGAAGUGGUGGAGGUGGUGGAGGAUCAGGUGGAGUCAGACCACCCGUUGGUGGCACACCGGAACCUGCCUCGCUGGAGAGCGUCGAAAGCAAAGAGGACAACGAAGAUGCGGUGAAAAAUCCCUGUGACGGUCUGCUGAUUGGUAUCCUGGAGCACCCGACCAGUUGCUACAAGUGGAUCUCCUGCUACAAGGAGGUGGCCACCGAGGAGACCUGCCCACCGGAUUCGAUCUUCGAUCUGGACGAAAUCACCUGCGUGCCCGGCAGCCAGCGCACGUGCCGCAAGGAGGGCGAUCCCUAUCCGCUUCCCGGCGACAUGUGCCGCGGCAUCAUCCUCGGUUCCAUGCUGCAUCCCGAGGACUGCACCAAGUACGUGAGCUGCCUGCUGGGACGUGCCCGGGAGCGCUCCUGUCGCCGUGGUUUUGUGUUCUCCGAGCGACUGUUCAUGUGCCUGCCGGGUGAUGCGAACUCCUGCACGGUCACGCUGCUUCCGACCACGAGCACCAUCGCGCCGGAGGACGUCCAGCCCGUCCCAAGCGAUAUCUGCCGCCGGAACAAUGUUUCGUUCGGUGUGCUGCCCCAUCCGCAGUUCUGCACGCGCUACAUCUCCUGCACGCUCUGGAUUCCGAUCGAACGCGAGUGCGGCCGAUUCCAGGUGUUCAGCGAACGGUUUUCCCUCUGCCUGCCGGGAAAUGUGAACUCCUGUCGGCCAAUUCUCGGAAGGGAGCUCCAGUGA